AUGUUUGGACAAACGUCAAAUACAACUCCAUCAUUUGGUGGAUUUGGAUCUAACAAUGCCUCGUCAUCUACCGGUGGAUUAUUUGGUGCCAAACCAGCAACAGCUACAGGUGGAUUAUUUGGCAACACAUCAACAUCAACAUCACAACCACAACAAAAUACUUCUGGUGGAUUAUUUGGGGGCUCAUCUACUGGUACAAAUACAGGGGGUGGAUUGUUUGGGAGUAAUCAAUCAAAUCAGCAACAACCACAACAACAAUCUGGUGGAUUGUUUGGUUCAAGUAAUACAAACACUGGAGGUGGUUUAUUUGGAAGUCUGAAUCAACAACAGCAAAAUCAACAACCUUCCACCGGAGGCUUAUUUGGGGGUCAGCAAAAUCAACAACAACAACCAGCAACUGGAGGACUUUUUGGUCAACAAAAUCAACAGCAGCAACAACCGUCAACAUCUACAACAGGAGGAUUAUUUGGAUCAUCAUCUAAUACAUCAGGAGGUCUUUUUGGAAAUAAACCAAGUACAACAACAGGAGGAGGAUUAUUUGGCUCCAGCAACAAUACAACUACACAACCAAGUGGUGGCUUAUUUGGGUCUAAUAAUAAUACAAAUACAGGAGGAGGACUCUUUGGAAAUAGUAAUACAAAUACUCAACAAAGUGGAGGACUUUUUGGAAAUACAGGUAGUCAGCAAAGUGGAGGAUUAUUUGGAUCAAAACCAGCAACUACAGGUUUAUUUGGUCAACCACAACAACAAAAUCAAUUUCAACAACAAUCACAACAACAACAACAGCAACAACAGCCACAAUUGACAGCAAUGACAAGAGUAGGUGAUUUGCCAGAUAACGUGAAAAAUGAAUUGCAACAACUUGAUAGAUACAUAAAUACCCAGCAUUUAAUUGCAACCACCUUAAAUUCAGAUAUGCAGAAACAUAAUGAUCUUAUAUAUUCAAUACCUAAAGAUAUAUUAUAUUUACAAAAUAAAUUACUAUCAACCAAACAAGCAUUAAAAUUCGACACUAAUCAGCUAGUAGAAUUAAAAAAGAUGAAUAAUGAAAUAACAGACGAUAUAAAUAAUAUCAUGCAAUUAAUCAUACAAUUAAGUACUCCAGGUACAAAAUUAUCAAGUUCAAAUCAAUUAAAUGAAUUUUUCAUCAAGAAGAUUAAAAAAUAUUACGAAACUUUAAACAUAUAUGAAGAAACAAUAAAUGAAUUAGAAAAUGUGUUAAAUGGAUUAGAGAAAAAUUGUAAAGAAGGGUUUGGAAACUUAGAAAAUAUUGUUCAAGUUAUAAAAUCUCAAUAUGCUUUAUUUAUGGACCUUUGUGAAACAAUGGCUCAAUUAAAUAAUGAAAUAAAUAGACUAAUUAAAUAG